GCGCAGUGUGUGCGACUGGAAAAAACUGAGGCGGGAGCGUCAGAUUACAGCGGCGGAGAAGAAAACCCGCAACUAUUGUUACCGGGCUGGUUUUCCUUGAUGCAAAUUGCAAUGGCAAAGCGUUUGAAAGGGCCGAUUGUGAGACAGUGGCGGCAUUGUAGCGGUAUCCGCGCUACGAGGAAGAGAGUGAAAGGAAAAGCGUGUCGGAUGCUGGUGCCUGGGUAGAGCUUUGCGUUCAUCUCUCGAUCGUACCCUAAUCCUUGCAGUCUCUCUUAUCAGGAGCGUUUAUGAAGCAGACACCAGCGGUGCAUCCGAAUACCUCGGCAAGAUGAGAAGCGAGCGAGAUGCCCUGUGUUCAAGCCCAGUAUGGAACAUUACCCCAGGCAGCUGGAGGAGCAUAUGAGAAUUACAGCUCUGAGCAGUUCCUGACCCCUGAGUUCUGCAACAAGUUCGCCAUGGACCUCACCAACCACGGCCUGUCUGCCGCCGCCUCCACCUCCCUGCCCAGCUUCAACACCUUUGUGGACAGCUACAGCGGGGAGUUCGACGCCUACCUGUGCCAGAUAGGCUCAUCCGCCAACACCAGCACCAGCACCACCACCACCAGCAGCCAGCAAACCCCCUUCAAGCUGGAGGAUUUCCAAGUGUUCGGCUGCUACCCCGGUGCCUUCAACACCUCCUCCGGGCUCGUGGAUGAGACCUUAUCCUCGUGCGGCUCGGAUUACUACGGCAGCCCCGCCUCCAUCCCAUCCCCCUCCACCCCCGGCUUUCAGACUCAGCAUCAGGUCCCAGCUUGGGAGAGCUCCUUCAGCCCUUACUCCCCCACCCCCGGCUACGACGGCCUGAACUCUUGGGUGGCCGACCCCCAGAAGAACGCCGCCGCCCAGCCGUCUUUCUUCAGCUUCGCAGAGCUCGACGGCAGGCUCCAGUCGCCCGUGCACGGGCUGGAGCGGCACCUCGUCGACCAGGAGGUCUUUGGCCUUGUCCAGUCGCCCCUGGCUUUCCCGGCCCUGCCCCUGGAUCACCCCUCCCCGGUCCUAGACAGUCCUCUGUCGUCCCCGAAGGUGCGCAGUCCCGGCUCCAGCGAGGGCCUCUGUGCGGUGUGUGGGGACCACGCGUCCUGUCAGCACUACGGGGUGCGCACCUGCGAAGGCUGCAAAGGGUUUUUCAAGCGUACCGUACAGAAAAAUGCCAAAUAUGUGUGCCUGGCCAACAAAGACUGCCCCGUGGACAAGCGGAGACGGAACCGCUGCCAGUUCUGCCGCUUCCAGAAGUGCCUCAACGUGGGGAUGGUCAAAGAAGUUGUGCGAACGGACAGUCUGAAAGGGCGCCGGGGCAGGCUGCCCUCCAAACCCAAGAGCGUCCUGAAUGGGGGCUCCUCGUCCGCCCCUCCCGUCAGUAUGAUCCCCUCGCUGGUGCGAGCUCACAUCGACUCCAACCCUACCCUGGGCAAGCUUGACUACUCCAAGUAUCAGGAGACGAUGGCCAGCCUGUCUGACAAGGAGGACGCCAGCGACAUCCAGCAGUUAUACGACCUGCUCACAGACUCCAUGGACGUGAUCCGCAAGUGGGCAGUGAACAUCCCGGGGUUCAGCUCCUUCUCCCUGGAGGAUCAGGAGCUGCUGCUGGAGUCUGCCUUCGUGGAGCUGUUCAUCCUGCGGCUGGCUUACAGGUCGAGCCCUGAGAAGGACAAGCUGGUGUUCUGUAACGGGACGGUCCUGCACCGGCUGCAGUGCCUCAGAGGCUUUGGGGAGUGGAUCGACUCCAUCAUCGACUUCUCCCAGAGCCUGCAUCGCAUGAGCAUGGACGUCUCGUCCUUCGCCUGCCUGGCCGCGCUCGUCAUCAUCACAGAUCGCCACGGCCUCAAGGAGCCCAAGAAAGUGGAAGACUUCCAGAACCGGCUGAUCACCUGCCUCAAAGACCACGUGACCACGAGCAUGAACGAGCCGAACCGGCCCAACUUCCUGUCCAGGCUGCUGGGGAAGCUGCCCGAGCUGCGCACGCUGUGCACCCAGGGUCUCCAGCGCAUCUUCUACCUGAAACUGGCGAAUCUGGUGCCUCCUCCGCCCAUCGUGGACAAGAUCUUCAUGGACACCUUGCCGUUCUGAUCACCGGCCCGUGACACGCACCCGGCACCCCGCCAUGCCUUUCCAAAAACGGACUGAAGGGUCCACUCAGUGAAUUUCAAAAUCGUACCUAGAUAUAUAUUUUAAAAAAAAAAAGGGUAGCUCCGACAUUAUUCUUGUGCCUACCGCCUCCUUUUUCCACUUUUGGAAGAAAAACUGCGAAGGAUUUCAAGCUGAUAGAUAGUGGUGGGGGAGAACCUGUCGGGGUUGUUCAUAAGAGGACCAGGAAUCAGGCUGCAGUUGGCGGUUGGAGAAGGAUGUUUCAAAGACUGUACGUUUCACCCUCUCUGAAGUAACUACUGAGUAGCCAUGCUGUGGAGGGGCCCAGGCAGGGGGCGGGUAUUCAAAGUGUCACUCUAUGGACAUUCAGUAUAUGGGCUGGCUGGGGGGGGAUACCACUGUUAAUAUUACAGAUGUUGCCUUACAGAUGUUCUCCCAUGAAGGGGAAUAAGCAGUAUACACUUUUUAAAAAGGCCUUUAAAUGUUUUUUAACGGUCGUAUGUACUAUGACUAAAUGUGACAAAACAUGAGCAGCUAUAAGCACUUACAGCUAACCGCUUGUACAUUUUGUUUCAAAUUAAUUUUGCAGUUAUUUUAUGUUUUUUUUUCUCUAUGUAUAUAAUAUAUAUAUAUUACAAAAAAUACUUUAUAUUUGUGAAAGUUUAUGCAGUUUUAUGGUUACGUGACAUGUUAUUUUUUCUCCCCGAGUAAUAUAUAUUUAAUAUUCGAUUUUAAAAAGUAUUAUAAAAAAUAAAAUAACAACCAUCAAGUCUU